UGACUGUAACUGAUGACCAGGUCUUUCCCAUGAACCCUCCCAAGUACGAUAAAAUCGAGGACAUGGCCAUGAUGACCCACCUCCAUGAACCCGCUGUGCUGUACAACCUCAAAGAGCGUUACGCAGCCUGGAUGAUCUACACCUACUCAGGUCUCUUCUGUGUCACCGUCAACCCCUACAAGUGGCUGCCGGUGUACAGCCAGCAGGUGGUGGCUGGUUACCGAGGCAAGAAGCGCCAGGAGGCCCCUCCACACAUCUUCUCAAUCUCUGACAACGCCUAUCAGUCCAUGCUGACUGAUUCUUGCAACCAGUCAAUCCUUAUCACUGGAGAAUCUGGAGCAGGGAAGACUGUGAAUACCAAGCGAGUCAUCCAGUACUUUGCAACAAUUGCAGUUAGUGGUGACAAAAAGAAAGAAGAAGAAAAGAGUGGCAAACUGCAGGGAACUCUGGAGGAUCAAAUCAUCAGUGCCAACCCACUGCUGGAGGCCUUUGGCAACGCCAAGACUGUGAGGAACGACAACUCCUCGCGCUUUGGAAAAUUUAUCCGGAUUCACUUUGGAAAAACUGGCAAGCUGGCCUCUGCAGAUAUCGAAACCUAUCUUCUGGAGAAAUCCAGAGUGACUUUCCAGCUGUCCAGUGAAAGAAGCUAUCAUAUUUUUUAUCAGAUAAUGUCCAACAAGAAGCCAGAGCUCAUUGAUCUCCUCCGUAUCUCCACCAACCCCUACGAUUUCCAGUACGUGAGCCAAGGAGAAGUCACUGUUUCCAGUAUUAAUGAUGCUGAGGAGCUGCUGGCGAUGGAUAAUGCCGUGGACAUCCUGGGCUUCAGCCCUGAAGAGAAGGAAGGGAUAUAUAAGGUGACGGGGGCUGUCAUGCACUAUGGGAACAUGAAGUUCAAGCAGAAGCAGCGUGAGGAGCAGGCAGAGCCAGAUGGCACAGGAGUGGCUGAUAAAGCUGCCUACCUGAUGGGUCUGAAUUCUGCUGAUUUCCUCAAGGCUUUAUGCUAUCCCAGGGUCAAAGUCGGGAAUGAAUAUGUAACUAAAGGACAAAACGUCCAACAGGUGUACAAUUCAGUGGGUGCAUUGGCUAAAUCAGUCUAUGAGAAGAUGUUCCUGUGGAUGGUUGUUCGCAUCAACCAACAGCUGGAUACAAAGCAACCCAGAGCAUCUUUCAUUGGUGUCCUGGAUAUUGCUGGCUUUGAGAUCUUUGAUUUCAACAGCCUGGAGCAGCUGUGCAUCAACUUCACCAAUGAAAAACUGCAACAGUUCUUCAACCACCACAUGUUCGUGCUGGAGCAGGAAGAGUACAAGAAGGAAGGAAUUGAAUGGGAAUUCAUUGACUUUGGGAUGGAUCUGGCUGCUUGCAUUGAGCUCAUUGAGAAGCCCAUGGGCAUCUUCUCCAUCCUGGAAGAGGAGUGUAUGUUCCCCAAGGCAACUGACACCUCUUUCAAGAACAAGCUCUAUGACCAGCACCUGGGCAAGAACAAAAACUUCCAGAAGCCCAAGCCUGCCAAAGGCAAGGCUGAGGCUCACUUCGCUCUGGUGCACUAUGCUGGCACGGUGGACUACAACAUUGCUGGCUGGCUUGACAAGAACAAGGACCCCCUGAAUGAAAGUGUGGUAGAGUUGUACCAGAAAUCAUCCUUGAAGCUACUGUGCUUCCUUUUCUCUAAUUAUGCAAGUGCAGAAACAAGCGAUACUGCUGGUGGCAAGAAAGGUGGUAAGAAGAAGGGUGGCUCUUUCCAAACAGUGUCUGCUGUGUUCAGGGAAAAUCUAAACAAGUUGAUGACUAACCUGAGAAGUACCCAUCCUCACUUUGUGCGAUGCCUGGUUCCUAAUGAGUCCAAAACACCUGGUGAAAUGGACCAUUUCUUGGUGAUGCAUCAGCUGCGGUGCAAUGGAGUUCUAGAAGGCAUUCGAAUUUGCAGAAAAGGGUUUCCAAGCAGAAUCCUUUAUGUAGACUUCAAGCAACGGUACAAGAUACUUAAUGCCUCAGCCAUUCCAGAUGACCAAUCCACUGACAGCAAACAGGCUUCAGAAAAGCUUCUUUCCUCCAUUGAUGUUGACCACAACCAAUACAAAUUUGGCCACACUAAGGUUUUCUUCAAGGCAGGUUUCUUGGGAGUCUUGGAAGAGAUGAGAGAUUGUAAGGUUGCGAGCAUCAUCACUAGUAUACAAGCCAUCUGCAGAGGGUUCCUCAUGAGAAAAAAAUACAAAACAAUGGGUGGAAAAAGAGAAUCCAUUUAUACCAUCCAGGACAACAUUCGUGCAUUCCUGACCGUCAGGCACUGGCCCUGGAUGAAGCUGUUGACCAUGAUUAAACCCUUGAUGAAGAAGGCAGAAUCUGAGAAGGAGAUAGCCAACAUGAAAGAGGAAUUUGAGAAAACCAAGGAAGAGCUUGCAAAGUCUGAGACAAUAAGGAAAGAGCUGGAGGAGAAAAUUGUGACCUUGGUGCAAGAGAAAAAUGACCUGCAGCUUCAUGUUCAGUCUGUGAGUGAAAAUCUAGCUGAUGCUGAAGAGAGAUGUAGAGGACUCAUCAAAAAUAAAAUCCAGCUGGAAGCUAAAAUUAAAGAAGUAACUGAAAGAAUGGAGGACGAAGAAGCAACGAAUGCUGACCUGACAGCAAAGAAAAGGAAACUUGAAGAUGAGUGCUCUGGGCUGAAGAAAGAUAUUGAUGAUCUUGAACUGACUCUGGCCAAAGUGGAAAAGGAGAAGCAUGCAACAGAGAAUAAGGUUAAGAAUCUUACUGAAGAAAUGGCAGCUCUGGAUGAAAAUAUUUCUAAACUCACUAAGGAGAAAAAGGCCCUCCAGGAAGCCCACAGUCAGACACUGGAUGACUUGCAAGUUGAGGAAGACAAAGUCACGGCACUCAACAAAACCAAGACCAAACUGGAGCAACAAGUAGAUGAUCUUGAAAGUUCUCUGGAAGAAGAGAAGAAACUGCGAAUGGACCUUGAGAGAGCAAAAAGGAAACUAGAGGGAGAUCUGAAAAUGUCUCAGGAUUCCAUCAUGGAUCUAGAAAAUGAUAAGCAACAGAUGGAUGACAGACUAAAAAAGAAGGAUUUUGAAAUCAGACAGUUGCAAGGUAAUAUAAAAGAUGAGCAGGCUCAUAGUUCUCAGCUGCAAAAGAAAAUUAAGGAGCUUCAGGUUCGAACAGAGGAACUGGAGGAGGAAAUUGAGGCAGAGCGAACCUCUCGGACAAAAGCAGAGAAGCAUCGGUCUGACCUCUCGAGGGAGCUGGAGGAGAUCAGCGAGCGCCUGGAAGAAGCAGGAGGGGCUACAGCAGCUCAGAUCGAGAUGAACAAGAAGCGUGAGGCCGAGUUCCAGAAGAUGCGUCGUGACCUCGAAGAGGCCACGCUGCAGCACGAAGCCACGGCUGCUGCCCUGCGCAAGAAGCACGCGGACAGCACCGCUGAGCUUGGGGAGCAGAUCGACAACCUGCAGCGAGUGAAGCAGAAGCUGGAGAAGGAGAAGAGCGAGCUGAAGAUGGAGAUCGACGACCUGGCCAGUAACAUGGAGUCCGUCUCCAAAGCCAAGGCAAAUCUGGAGAAGAUAUGUCGUGCCCUAGAAGAUCAGCUCAGUGAGAUUAAGACAAAGGAGGAGGAACAACAGCGCACAAUUAAUGACAUUAGUGCUCAGAGAGCUCGGCUACAAACAGAAUCUGGGGAAUACUCACGCCAGGUGGAGGAGAAAGAUGCUCAGAUUUCUCAGCUGUCAAGAGGCAAGCAGGCUUUCACCCAACAGAUUGAGGAGCUCAAGAGGCACCUAGAGGAAGAGAUCAAGGCCAAGAACGCACUGGCCCACGCCUUGCAGGCUGCUCGCCACGACUGUGACUUGCUCCGGGAACAAUAUGAGGAGGAGCAGGAAGCCAAAGGGGAGCUGCAGCGCACCCUGUCCAAGACCAACAGCGAAGUGGCCCAGUGGAGAACCAAAUAUGAGACAGACGCUAUUCAGCGCAUGGAGGAGAUGGAGGAGGCCAAGAAGAAGCUGGCACAGCGCCUGCAGGAUGCAGAGGAACAUGUUGAAGCUGUCAAUGCCAAAUGUGCCUCCCUGGAAAAGACAAAGCAGAGGCUGCAGAAUGAAGUGGAGGACCUGAUGAUUGAUGUGGAGAGAUCAAAUGCUGCCUGUGCAGCUCUGGAUAAGAAGCAGAAGAACUUUGACAAGAUCCUGGCAGAAUGGAAGCAGAAGUAUGAGGAAACACAGGCUGAGCUGGAAGCCUCCCAGAAGGAGGCCCGCUCUCUCAGCACGGAGCUGUUUAAGAUGAAGAAUGCCUAUGAGGAGUCCUUGGACCACCUGGAAACGCUGAAGCGCGAGAACAAGAACUUGCAGCAGGAGAUUUCUGACCUCACGGAGCAGAUUGCCGAGGGAGGAAAAGCGAUUCAUGAGCUGGAGAAAAUCAAGAAGCAGAUUGAGCAGGAGAAAUCUGAGCUCCAAGCCUCACUGGAGGAAGCUGAGGCUUCCCUGGAACAUGAAGAGGGGAAGAUCCUGCGCCUCCAACUUGAGCUCAACCAGGUCAAGUCUGAGAUUGACAGGAAAAUAGCAGGGAAAGAUGAGGAGAUUGAACAGAUGAAAAGAAACCACCUCAAAGUUGUAGAGUCCAUGCAGAGCAGCCUGGAUGCUGAGAUCAGGAGCAGGAAUGAAGCCCUGCGUCUGAAGAAGAAGAUGGAGGGAGAUCUGAAUGAAAUGGAGAUCCAGCUCAGCCAUGCCAAUCGCCAGGCUGCCGAGGCACAAAAGAACCUGAGAAACACACAGGGAGUCCUCAAGGAUACCCAGCUUCAACUGGAUGAUGCUCUCAGGGCACAGGAGGACCUGAAGGAGCAGGUGGCCAUGGUGGAACGCAGAGCAAACCUGUUGCAGGCUGAAGUUGAGGAGCUACGGGCAGCUCUGGCACAGACAGAGCGGACAAGAAAAGUGGCUGAGCAGGAACUGAUGGAUGCAAGUGAGAGAGUUCAGCUCCUCCAUACCCAGAACACCAGCUUGAUCAACACCAAGAAGAAGCUGGAAGCAGACAUUGCCCAAAUUCAGGGUGAGAUGGAGGAUACUGUCCAGGAGGCCCACAAUGCUGAAGAGAAGGCCAAGAAGGCCAUCACAGAUGCGGCCAUGAUGGCAGAAGAGCUGAAGAAGGAGCAGGACACCAGCGCCCACCUGGAGAGGAUGAAGAAGAACCUGGACCAGGCAGUGAAGGACCUGCAGCACCGUCUGGAUGAGGCUGAGCAGUUGGCACUGAAGGGUGGAAAGAAGCAACUCCAGAAACUAGAGGCGAGGGUCAGUGAGUUAGAAAACGAGCUUGAUGCUGAGCAGAAACGAGGAACUGAGUCCCUGAAAAGUGCUCACAAAUAUGAACGAAGGCUGAAGGAGCUCACUUACCAGUCUGAGGAGGAUAAGAAAAAUAUUCUCCGGCUCCAGGACCUGGUGGACAAGCUGCAGUUAAAAGUGAAAGCAUACAAGAAACAGGCUGAGGAAGCUGAAGAACAGGCAAAUGCUGUUCUCUCACGAUAUCGCAAGACCCAGCACGAGCUGGAAGGGGCUGAAGAACGAGCUGAUAUUGCUGAAUGUCAGGUUAACAAGUUACGAGCCAAAAAUCGUGAAGGACAGGUGAGUUGGAGGGCUGCAGAGGAGGGCCGCAAAGAUCUCUGACCAAACACCUCCAGG